AGAAUCGUGUAAAAGAAACUAUUCGAUCAAAAACAAUUGAUAUAUACCAAGCUGUGGGGGAGAACGUUGGUGAUGAAAUCGUGGACGAAUGCCAACAAUCAUCGAAAAGACUCAAGAAGGACGAACAAGGACGAUCAAGAAGCGGAGCAGAUUAUCAUUCAGAAAAUAAUGUUGAAUCGCAGGAUCCAGUCUCUGCAUCUGAUGAUGAUGAUUCGGACGUAUCUGAUCAGGUAGAUUAUAUUCGGGAUAGGUGUUGUUAGCCAUAAACGCUUAUUAUGCUUGCUAUUGUCUAUCACGUAAAGGAAGCGAUUGAUAAUCAAGAAGUUAAGGAAGCGACAAACGAUAAAGUAGAAGUGACGAAGAAAAACAAAACGGGACCACUUAGACUAAGCGAAGCAAAUAGAAAGGAGGUUGACGAAGCUUACAAGUUAAUGGAUAGACGAUACAUGUGGAAACUUUCGUCGGGAAAAGUAAUCGAAGAUGAACUAUAUAAAUUAGGGAGGGAGCUGGAGUUUGAACAUGCUGUUCACUCAUUUAUCCUGGAUAUUGAUGACGAGUUGGUUGCAGACUGUUUCACCAAGACAGAACUUCGUGAGAUAGAGCUCACACCUAUCCCAGAAGUUCCCGAACUCUCAGAUGAAGUUAAUAAUUUUCUGGGUAAAUUUAUCGGAAAGACGAACUUAAAGGAAAUACAACAACUAAUAAAGGAAUUAAGUUUCGGUAUUGAUUAUGAUAGUGAAAAGCAUCACGAUAUGGACUACAUAUGCCUGGCUUUACAUGCGUUAAUUAGAGAAAUUGAAAGUGGAAAAAUAACGGAAGCAAAUCUAGAAAACUGGUUUAACUGCCACGUCUGGAGUAUGGUCUUUGACCACGCAUUCGAAAAUAUAAAGGCCAUAUCUGUCAUCAGAGGUGAAAGCACGAGUGUAUCGACAGCCACUCGAAAAAAUAAAAAAACGAAAAGGAAAUUAGGAGACCGUCGAAAAAUUGGCCGUAGAGGGGACUGGAUCCUCAGAGCUGUCGGAAAUGUUGAUAAAAAUGAAUUUGGGGCGGGAGAGGCGGGUAAAGGUUGGGUAGAUCAAUACGGAACGAAAUAUCUUAGAGAAGGAGGGCUGAAACUUCCAAAGGUACUUAAAGACAUGCUAUUAAACUUAAUGGAGAAAAUAUGUUGGAACGAUGAAGCACGCAAAAAAAUACAAACCGUAGGAAUUAUUCAUGGAGGCCUUAUGAUGACAAUAGCAUAUAUCGAUAACCCAAUGGGUUACAUUUGCAGAUUGCGACGUAGUGAUUUGAUGGAAGUGCCCGAUGUGGCCGAAAAAUUCGAAUCAAUUUUGACAAUUCUUGCAUCGGUCUUGAAUAUAAAGUCUGUAGUCCGAGAGACGAUAAAGAUCGUCCAAAGAAGUGGACAGACUAACAAAUCAUUUAAGAGUGCCGGGCUUCGGAAACGACCUCGAAAUGAAAGUCAGCACCAUUUAUCUGCGUGCAUGUCAACCCCAAAGAAAGCGAGAGUAUGUAAAGUGAGUACCGAAAGACCAUAUCCUGCGUCACCAUGUCCAGGAUCACCAAAUGCUGAUCCAUUGAUUUAAUUAGCGAAGUGGGAAAGUGGGAAUUAGUUUAGCUUCAUAUGCUGUAUAUUGUUAAAUUAAUAUCUUUGGCUUUGACCUUUUUAUUUAUAUUUUGUCAAUAUAUGUAUGCGAUGUAUCGAAAAAAUAUAAAAUUAUAAUUUCGUCUCAAAAUCAGAUGACCUUGUGUUAGACUUUCUUUUCUACUUUUCGAUUCUUAGCAAAACAGAACGCGCUUAUGUACAGU